GACGAUAAGCGAAACGGAAUGUCGACAGUUGAGGGUCAACCGGGGGGCCGUUGUUGGUGCAGCUAAAGCUAACCUGUGUGUUUGAUAGCCGUAGCUAAGCUAGCUACCGGCUAAUGAUAAACUGAGCUAAGCUAUCCACGAUUCAAGGCUCUAGAGGUUUUCUCUCUGGCGUUCAUCAUCGUCUUCCAUCAAUAGAAACGUCUAUUAAAGCAGCACCUGUUAGUAAUUAGCGGUUUCUAGUUAGCUAGCUAUGUUAGCACCUAAGAUUGCUGAUCGUGUCCCGGUGAGAUGACAAAGUUGCACCAAAGCUAGCUGGCUAACCAAGGCUGUUAGCUGCAGCUUUUUGUUGGUAGUAGGAUCAUUUGAAAUUUUUGAUUGUUUAAUCAAACAAGUUUUUAAAAAACCGAUGCGUGCUAAUAAAAUAAACCUCAUGGCUCCACCCGCAGCGUUGUGAGAAGAAUAGGCUCCACUCUUCCCCUCAAACCUCCACAAAGAGCAUGUUUCCAGGAGCUACCAGGCCUGCCCACACUUCGGCCUAUGGACGGCCCGAUGGUUCCGACCCUGGCAGACAUAGCUUGGAUUGUUGCAGAUGAGGAGGAGACGUACGCCAGAGUGAGGAGCGACUCGCGUCCCCUUAAACAUGAAUGGCGGCCUACGCCCCUCUUAGUGCUCCACAGGAACUCCUCUGUGCCCAACUUCCGCCGCGAGGGCAAAAGGAUGGAGGGGCUACGGAAGCCCGGAGUGACCGCUCUGAACCGCACCACGGCCCUGCAGGACGAGCUCAGCAGACUCCGCGCACAGAUCGCCAAGAUCGUGGCGAGUGAUUCUGGCUCCAACCCGCUGACCCCGGAUCUGCUCUCCCCCGACGACACGAGCAUGAGCUUUUCCAUGGCGCCUUUUGAGACGGCGUCCUACCAGCCGGCUGCUGCUGCCGCCGCCUCCUUUGUCAUCAGUGACGUGACGGAGGAAGAGGAGGAGGAGGAGGAGGAAGAAGAGGAGGUGGAGGAGGACGAGAAGGAUGUGGUGUCCGUGGUGUCAGAGCUGGUCCCCGACCCUCUGCCGCCCGUCUCCAUGACGGCGUCGGCCACCUUUGACCUGGACCGGCCCAGCAUGGACUUCCGGGAGGCCGAGGAGGACACGGUGUCGCUGUCAAAGUCCACCAGUUUCGCCGACGUCAUGGACAUCCUGAAGGACAUGAACCGGAUGAAGAUGAGCAAAGACAGGUACAAUCGAGGCUGUACGUCCCUCAGAGAGGAGGACUCGGCCUCGCUGAUUUCAGAAGCUCUGAGGAAAAAGUUUGUCCUGAAGGAAGAAGAUAGUGCCACUGUGAAGAGGAAGUAGCCCGAAACCACCGGAACCCGAUCCUGCUGCUCCAUGUAAGCAGGACAGAGUGUGUGCUCGUCAGAAGCCUGUUCUGUGUGAUCAACCUUUGAUGGCAUGUGGGAGGUUUUUAGCGGCGAAACCUUUGUCUUAGUCUUUGUUUUUUCUCUUCCUUACUGUUUUUAGGCCUUUGCCUGUGGAAUAUGUACCCAUGGAUCCACACCCUUGCUCCUCAGACCCGAGGCGAUAGCUGUCUGCCAGAGUUAAUACAAAAACCCAAACACUUGAUCUCAAUGUGAACUUGGCGGUGCUGGAGAGAGGAACAGCCGACUCUGGGCGACAAUAAUCAGUUCAAGCACCGCAUCGCGUUUUACAUUCAGCGUACUUCUCCCUAAAAAAAUGCUUUUAUGUUUAUUUCAAUAAGAGACUCGGCCGACUCCGGUGACGACGGGUCUCACGUAAAUCUGGACUGUUGUUUUAUAGAAAGGCUGCGAUCCAAACCGCUGUCCUCAGCUUUGGACUCACAUUCAGGAACGUCCCUUUAAGAAGCAUUUUAUUCAUCUGGUUUUGGGAAAAGCCCGUCUCGAGUUUGUUGUUUUUUUUCUUACGAAUUUUCCACAGAGGAGAUGCAAAUAAACCCUUUUUGUUGUUGUUGUUUUUGAAUGAUGUAAAGGAGACUUCUAACGUACUUGAACGUGUUUUAUGUUGACGCUGAGACGUACUGUAGCUCAUCACGGUGGGACGAAUACCUUCAGAUCUCUGCUGCCCACAUUUGCAUUUUAAUAUCGCGUUUGCGAACGGCGUGGCGUGCUGUACGUCGCCUGUCCUCUUUGUUUGUGAUUAACAUAUAGAUUGAUCGUCACGGGGCGCUGGUUUUAAAACCCGAUCUUAAAAGGCGGCGAGGAAAAACACAUCGGUGAUAUUAUUGUUUGAAGAGUGAGCCGUGUGGUGUGCAAAUCAGAAAAAAAAGUGUCGUCUGUUCAGGCCUUUUGUAGAACCAACUCUCCCGGCGUGUGAUGUGCAGCUCGGCAGAGGAAGCCACCUGUUUAGUGCAGGCUGACAGCUGAAGAGGUGGUUUUUACUUUGGGCUACGUGUGAGAGAUCUUUGAUGUCCUUCUGUAUGCAGAGCUUUGACAAAACCUUCGCAUCAGCCAGGAUUCUGAUGAUAAAUGUUCUUGCUAACGCCUUACCACGGAUCUGUUGCCUGUUCCUGAUUUUAUCCCCAUAUUAGUUCAAAGUGCCACGGGUUUGUUUCACUCAGCCCUUCGUUGCCUGCCCAUGUGUUUGACCCGACUGUGCCCUCCGUUCUCUAUCCCAUACGUAGGCACCACCAGCUGUGUGUGUGAUGUUCCUGGAAGGUUUUCUUUUCUUUUUUUUUUAAUGCAACAAUACUUUAAACCCACUCGUGUCACUCCUCACUGUGUUGUCACGUCUGUGGGAAUCUGUACGUGUAAUCUUGCUGUGUGAAAAGUUACUGCUAAGCUGGAUGUGAACCAGAGCGUCUCUGUGUGUAGCUGUGUGCGGUGGAGUUUGUGUUGUGUAUCGCUGGAACGGGCACACGACUUGUAACGCUCGGACUUAUUCUUUUUGCUAACCGGUCAAAGCGAAGACGUGAUUUAGGCAAAAUAUUAUAUGCAAGCGACUGUUUCUGUGUACUUGAUGGUGAACCCGACACGGCGGACACUACCAGCUUCAUCCUGAUGAGAAGCGAAGGGAAAUACUCUUUGUUUUUGAAUUCCUCCUCUAAGUUUUAGGCGUGUCAUCGCUAUACGUCUGUGUAGCGCUGAUGCCGCCAUCAACACCGUCUGUAUCUUUAUUUUUUGUCAUGUGAGGACUUGUAAAUAAAGAAUGUGCUGAUGUUUUGAA